AUGGCGUCCUCCUCGUCUUCAUCGUCGCCGCAAACGUUCGCCGCCUUCUCCCACAUAAUCUCCCCUCUCCUCCUCCGUGCCCUCGCAGACCUUGGCUUCGCCCGUCCCACCCUCGUCCAACAAAAAGCAAUCCCCCUCGCGCUCGAAAACCGUGAUGUCCUCGCCCGCGCACGUACAGGAAGUGGAAAGACCGCAGCGUACUGUAUACCGCUCGUACAAAAGAUCCUGAAUGCUAAAGCUAACCUUGGGGCUGGCGAUGAGGCUAGGCAGGCUACGAGGGCUUUGGUGCUUGUACCUACGAAGGAACUUUCGGAACAGGUUUCGACACAUUUGAAGGGGUUGAUCAAAUAUUGUGAGGGGGAUGUGAUCAUCUCGAAUGUUGCGAGUGGUACAACUACCCAUUUACAGAAAUCAUUACUUGCUGAGAAGCCUGAUGUCGUGGUUGGAACACCAUCGAAAUUGCUGGCCCUUCUUCAGGCCAAGUCUCUACAACUCGGAGCUCUGGAGUCACUCGUCAUUGACGAGGCAGACCUCAUAUUCUCCUACGGCCAUGAUGAAGACGUCCGUCAAAUCCUCAGCAACGGCUAUCUGCCCAAAGUCUUCCAGAGCUUCCUGAUGAGUGCUACCAUGACCGAGGACGUCGAGACGUUGAAGGGAUUGGUUCUUCGGAGUCCAGCGAUUCUGAGGUUGGAAGAAGACGAAGAUGAGGCGGCGAAUUUGAGCCAGUACUCCGUCAAGUGCUCGGAAGUCGACAAGUUCCUGCUCGUCUAUGUUAUCCUCAAGCUGAAGCUCAUCAAAGGCAAAUGUAUCAUCUUUGUCAACGAUGUCGACAGGUCUUACCGCCUGAAGCUCUUCCUCGAGCAAUUCUCAAUCAAGAGCUGUGUUUUGAACUCGGAGUUACCCCUUAACUCAAGAUACCAUGUUGUUCAGGAAUUCAACAAGGGUGUGUAUGAUUACAUUAUCGCAACAGAUGAGAGCGGCAAGGGAGAGCUGGACGAGGACGAUCGAGAAGUCGAGGAAGUAGACGAGGAAGCAGAAGAAUUCCUCGCCACGCAACGCGAUCCAGCCACCCAAGACCAAGAAGGCGAUUCCAUACCCACCGAUCCCUCUCCAACCUCCAAAAAACGCAAAGCGCCCGCCUCCCCCCCUCCCCCCUCGAAAAAGACGAAACUCUCUUCUUCUUCAGAAACCACCUCUACCUCCCAACCCUCCAAAAAGUCCAAAUCGAAACACCCCAAAAAGCGGAAAGACUCCGAAUACGGCGUCACCCGCGGCAUCGACUUCAUCGACGUCGCCUGCGUUCUCAACUUCGACCUCCCACCCUCCUCGCGCUCCUACACGCACCGCGUCGGCCGCACAGCCCGUGCCGGCCGUUCUGGCAUGUCCCUCUCCUUCAUCGUCCCCGAGAGCGAAUUCGGGAAGAAUAAGGUCGUGGGCGGGGUGGCGGGGACUGAGCGGGACGAGGUGGUGUGGGAGAGGAUAGAGAGGGAGCAGGGGGCGCGGGGGUCGAAGGUGAGGGAGUAUAAGUUCGAUAUGAAGCAGGUGGAGGCGUUUAGGUAUAGGAUGGAGGAUGCGCUUAGGGCGGUUACGAGGAGUGCGAUUAGGGAGGCGAGGGUGAAGGAGUUGAAGCAGGAGAUUUUGAACUCGGAUAAGUUGAAGGCCCAUUUCGAGGAUAAUCCUCUGGAUCUCGAGUUCCUCCGCCACGACAAACCGCUCCACCCUACCCGCGUCCAAUCACACAUGAAACACGUCCCGAAGUACCUCCUCCCCCGCGUCGCGGUCGUACCCGCAUCCGCGACCGCUGGCGACGUCGCAGCCGUACCCGCCACAGCGCCGGCACAAGGUGGCGAAGGUGAGGCUGGUUUCGUGCCGUUUACGAAGGGCGGUGCUAGGGGGAGGGGACGGGGAAGGGGAAGGGGUGGGAGAGGCGGACGAGGUGGUGGUGGUGGUGCGGGGAGAGGAGGGAAGAAGAAGAGCGAUCCGUUGAAGAAGUUUCGGUAGUUGAUUGAUAUGUGCGUGCUGAAUUUCGUGGGACUGGCAGUAGUAGGAGCUCAUACUAGUGGAUGUGGCCCAGUAUGACUGUGAUCUUUCAAAUUA